AUGAACAAUAUCCCAGCAGACAGAUGUGAGUAAAAAUCGCUUGAUGAACAAGGGAAAAGUGAUAUUGAUGAAGAAAACAACUAAAAAAAUCUUUAUAAUUAAAUCAGUGGCCUUGAAGCAUAAUUUUUAUAAUACGAUCGCAAUGAUAAUUUUAAUGAAAGAUAUGAAGAAGAAGAAAAAACGAUUACAAAUAAUAAUGAGUUCUCAAAUACAUAUUAAUUAGAAACAAAGAAAGAUGAAACAAUAGAUUCUAAUUCAAUCAUUGAUGGUUCAUCAAAUACCUCCUCCUCUUAAAUUUGGAAUGGAAGUAGAGUUUAAGAUGGAUUAGAAUAAAUUUACACAAAUAAAAAAAUGAUGAAAAGAGACUCUCUAAAGUAGCAAGUAUUAAAUAAUUAGCACUAAUUUAGUAGAAGAUAAAGCUUUAAUCCACAUUAAUCAAUGCUUAAUUAUUCAUAAUUUUGCCCAAAAAGAAGCAGCCUUUUAGGAAACUCUUUUCCUUUACAAAUCACAAGCUAAGAGUAAUUUUCAAGUCAAUUUUCUAACCAAAAAACUAUGCAAACUUAAAGCAGAACAAAUCUAUAAAUUAAUGGGGUCAAAAAUCAUAAAUUUGAAGAAUAAAAUCAAGCUAUUUCUAGCAUUAGCACAAGCAUUUAGAAUUUUUAAAAUUUAGAGAGCAGCGUUUCUCUAAGUCGCUCUAAAAAAGUUAUUAAAAUUUCUAAAGAUAAAAUAGAAGCAAGAGUUAAGCAGUAACUUUUACAAGCUUAAACUCUUGGCAGUAUUUCUAGCACAAAUUCAUUUGACGAUUCUCCUAUUACAAGAAUAAAUAAGGGAAGUACAAAGUUGCACUUAAUACAAAAUCAUCAACAAUAAAAGGGAACAUUUAAAAGCCAAUAGCUGCUAUUUCUCCCACUUUCAAAUAUAAAUGAUCCAAAAAGAAUUUCGAUAUGUCUUCAUGAGGAUAUGGCUGAAGAAUACAAUAAAUUUAUGAUGAUGAAUAAUCCAAAUUAGCCUUCUUAAAUUUCUUAAAUUAAAUCUAAAAAUCAAAACACUCUCUCUGAAGCUAGUAUUUGUGGUAACACUGUUUUUGAAGAAAAUGAAGAUGUUCUAUCAGGAGUUAUAAAUAGCUCAGAUUAAGAAUAAACACAAUACACAAUCACUGAAAAUAACAUAACAGAAUAAAGUGAUUCUUCAAAUUCUUCUUCUUAAAUUAAUACACCUUCUCCUAUUGAAAUAAAGACUACUAAGCAAAGGGUACAUUAGUUUUACACAGAACAGUGCUUGGAUAAAGCUUAAAGGAAAAAAUAAAUAACAAAUUAACAUGGUUCAUCUUUUAAAAAUAAAUACAUGAGCAAAACAAUACCUAGCAUUGAUGACUACGAAGAAAAUGAAGAGGAAAUUAAGUUCAACGAAACAGUUUUGCUUAAAACUGAAAAGUAAAUAAUAAAUCCAAGUGAUAAAAGUGAUAAGAAAGAAAAGAAGUCAAAUGAAACUAAAAGAAUUUCAAAAGAUGAAUAUUCAUCAAAUUAAACAAACAAGAAAUAGUUUAUUUAGGAUCAGACUGAGUAUAUGUAUAGAAGCAAUAAUAAAAUAGAAAAGCCUGAACCAAAUAAAAAUCAUAGCAAUUAAGCAGCUGCAAAAUAAAUAGAUUCUAGGAUUAAUACAAAAAACCACAACAGUAAUGUGAAAGUUGUAGAAAAUCACAAUGGAUAUGGUUUUAAUCCAAAUUAAAAAGUAAAUAUAGAAGAUUAUAAUAUAGGAUUGGUUUAUGGCGGAGACUUGAAGAGACAGGAAAACAAAGAAAAAAUAUGUAAUAUUCUAUUGAGUAAGUAAUAUAGCGAUCUUCUAGAAAUAGGAAGUGGGUCGUAUGGACUUGUUUUGAGAGCUACAACACCAGAAGGAUAUAUCAGAGCUCUUAAAAUACAUUAUGGAAUUACUUAAGAUGAAUCUGCUUUCCUAGAUAGACUUAAUACUUUAACUGCAAAUAGCAUAAUGGCUUAUAAUACAUUUAAAUUUAGAGACACGGUUAGCAAGAAAUAGAUAGAAGUUAUAGAAAUGGAGCUUGCAGAUGGUUCUCUAAAGAAUCAAGUGUAUGCAGAUGAAUCAGAAAUCAGUGAUGAAAAGUAUCGGUAAAUAUGUAUUUAACUUAUUGUAAAUGUGCUCUCAAUGCAUAAUAUGUGCGUAGUGCAUAGGGAUUUGAAGCUAGAUAAUAUUUUAGUUAGUAACGGGAAUUACUUUUUAGCGGAUUUUGGUAUAUCUGAAGAAAUAGGCAGUCAUUAGUUAACUUAAAAUUUUAUUCCUGGAACUGAUUGCUUUUCAAUAAAGCAAAAUAUAGCAGGAACAUAGCUUUACUUUUCUCCUAUAAUAAGGGAUGCCCAUUCAGCUUAGCCGAAAAAAUACAUUAUCGAGCACGAUCCCUUCAAAUCAGACCUAUAUACAGUAGGUCUAAUUUUACUAGAAAUUGAGCUAGUAAGAUAAAAGUAUUAAAGACAUUAGAUACAACAGAUUCUCAGAGACAAGCAUUAGGCUUAUAAAUAUGCUCUCAAAAUGAAUAUAAACAAGUAUUUAAUAAAAGAUAAUUACUACAUCCUAAAAAACCGUCUCUAUAAGCCAAUAAACAUAUUAGCAGAGCUUCUUUAAAUUGAAGAAAUUAAUCGAAUCUCUUCUAUAAAGCUUUGUCUUAUUUGUCAGUUAGAUAAAAUUAUCUUAAGCAACAUCAUAGUCCCUCAUCAUAAGAUUUUUCCUCCUAUUAUUGAAUUAAAGUAAGAUAAUACUUGCAUUAUUAACUAUACUAUAAAGCUACUUAUUUAUGAAGGGUCAUAUAUUAAGAUGGAAGAUGGGAGAAUUCUACGACACGGAGAAGGGUCUUUGUAUAAACUAAUUGAGGGAGAAAGAGAGGUUAUCAAAGCUUUAGUUUAUGAGGGAUAAUGGGAUAAUGAUCUUCCUCAUGGUUAUGGUGUAUUUUAUUUUUUUUAGAAUGAUUGGGUGUAUGAAGGUUAGUUUAGAAAUGGAUAAUUUUUUGGAGAAGGAAGCAUAAAAUUUAUAGACUGGGUUGUUUAUAAAGGAACAUGGUAUAAUUUUCUUCUUGAAGAUUUUCUAAUACCUGUAAUUCCGACUGAUUCUGAUUUAUUCUUGCAAAAAGAUUAGAAAAACGUAGAAGUUUUGAUAAAUACUCAUGAUAGAGAAGGAUACAUGAAAAGCACUGGGCUGAAUGAGGUGGAACUGCAGUUUGAAAUUAAUACUUUUAGGUUUUACUCAAGUAAUUUUAUUGAGUUUAAGCAGUAUUUAAAGGAUAAAUAAAGAGUAAAAAUACUUCUAACAUCUAAAAAGAGCAAGCAUGACUUUUAAUAAAGCUCCCGCUAAUAGCUGGUGCUACUGGCUGUUAAUAGGAGAAAAAAAAGAAUAUUUGAGGUUUACAUCAAGUACUUUAAGCAUGAGCUUAUACUAGAUGCCGUGAUUUUAGAAUAACUUAUUUAAUUACUCAAUUAACCUAGCUAAUUAGGAAAAAAUUCUUCAGAUUUUUGUAAUGAAAGUAGCAACAAAUUAAAUAUUCAAAAAUAAUAAAUCUAAGAAACUUCUUUGAUGGUAUCAGAAAACAAUCUUAGUGAAUCUGAUAGACUCUCAUCAUUUUAAUCAUCAUUAUCGUCAAAUUACAAUAGCUCAAACCAAGUUUGUUCUAUUGAUGAUUCUGAUAGCAUAAUUUAUUUAAAUUUUGAUUUAUUUAGUAAGGAAAGCGCAGUCUAUUUUUUUGAUAAAAUUUCUAAUAAAAAUGAUCCUUCGCUUUCCAUUUUUAAACUAGAGUAUAUGAAAAAUAUUGGUGUUUCUGCUUAAAUUGAAGAAGAAAGUCUGAUUAAAUUUUUACUCUCUAAGCAAGUUCAAAAUCUAAAAGAAUUAGAUCUUUCAAGCUCGAAGGAUAUUUCCUCUUCCAUAUUUGUAGCUCUGGAUCAUAACAUAGAGUCUUUGAAGAUGCUCAACUUAAAAUACGAAGCUCUAUCUCAGCAAACAUUUUGCUCACUUUUUAAAUAUCCUUUCCUAAAAUAAAUUGUGAUUUUAGACUUUUCUUACUCUGAGUUUGAUGAUAAGUGCAUGCUUGAACUAGUAUCAUGUCCUUACUUAAAUAAUAUUUAAAUCCUGAUAUUUUGCUUUUGCAGGAACUUAACACACAAGGGCUUAGAAAUUUUCUUAUAAAAGUCAUCACAUGAAAACUUUCCUCAACUCACUCAGUUAGAUUUUGAAGGUAUUUUGUCAAAGGGUUAUCAUAACAUGAAAAAUGAUAAAAUAUUAACAAAAAUUUCUUCUUAAGGAAACAUACAAAACAUAAAUUAUGAAAAUAUUCAUUAAACAGAAUAAGAGAUGCUUCUUGCUUUUGAUAGAAAGCAUCAUUUAUAUUCAAAUAACUCCAAUUUGACUAUAUUGGAUUAAAAGCUAGUCUAAUAAUCAGCUGGUAGUGCUGUAUCUAUUGAUUGUAUCAAUAGCUCUGUUAGGAGUUUAAAUAAAGAAUAAUAAAAUAAUUUAAUUAAAUAAAAUGCAUAUUUCCACUAUUUUCCUUACACUACUGACAAUAUCCUUAAAUAACUCGAGUAUAUAUAAAAGUAUAACAUUCUUAGAAAAAAUCUAGUUGAGCUAAACUAAAGUGAUGCUCAUUCUUCAUUAACUUCAUGCGGAAAUCUCACUUCAGCCAUUUAAAUUUCUAACUGUGAUGAAACAAAUAAUUAGCAACCUCAACAGCAUGAAACUAUCAAAUAAUAAAUUUCUGAUUAAAAUAUUAAAUCUCAAUAGCUUAUAAAAGCAACCAUUUAAUCUAACCAAAAUAUCUCUUUCAAUACUUAACAUUAAGCCUUUCAUUCAUCUAUUUCAAAUUUGUCGUUAACAAAUUUAAAUAACUGCUCAUCGCCCCACUCAAAUAAAAACAUCAACAUUAAUUAAAAAGUUUAAUCAAAAUAGUCAUAAUCAUCUUCCUUUUUUAAUUGGGUCAAUAAAUUGACAGACAAAAACUUAUAAGCCUUCGAAAAAUUUUCAAAAUAAACAAAACUUUUCGGCAUACAAAUUUUAAGUUUUCGAGCAACAAACAUAGACGAUACUGUUUUGAAAAAUCUAGCAAAAAACAGUAGUUUUAUUUAUUUAAAAUUUUUAGAUAUUUCACAAUGCUAAUAAAUAUUAAGUGAAGGAUUCGAAAGCUUAAUUUAAUCAAACUAUUUAAAAAAUUUAAUUAAAAUUGACAUUAGCCAAACUAACAUCAUUAGUAUAACCUCGAAAAAACCACAACAAGUAUUUCUAUAAUCCUUAAAUCUUGUUGAAUGCCCAAAUUUAUCUCCUCAAAGCGUAUUUAACUAUUUAUCUAACAUUCAGAACUAGUAAAAUAUAAGGCAACUCUACAUCGAUAGUGAUAUUUUCUUUGUUGCAUAAAUUAAGCAGUGCCUGCUAGAGUGCUAAAAGCUUUAAAAUAUCCAUAUUUUUGUCUCUUCAAAUAAAGUUGAUUUUUUUAUACAAAAUCCUUUAACUUUGCAUUUAUUGAUUGAGAAGAAAGGAUAUAAAUUAAAUUUCUAUUCUAGUAAAUUAUAUAUUCAGUCGCUUUUUGAAUUAGUGAAAAGUUAAGUGAUUCAAUGUAUCUAAAUUAAGAAAGAGUAGCUAAAUUAAAUCUUCAUAAAUGGCACUAGUUAUGUAGAUUUAAGUAGAUUUGACCAUCAAUCAACACCUGAUUAUGAACAAGAUACAAUCUAAAUUAAUAGAGCUUAAAUGCUUGAUAUUCCUUCUAAAAAUAUUUCUUUUGAAUAAUUAAAUGAUGAAAAUAUUAUUGAAGAUUUAAGAAAAUUGUUUAACUCAAGAAACUUUUUGCUUAUUAAAUAAUUAGAUAUUUCUAGACUUAAAGUUAAUAGCUAUGCAGGAUAGCUUCUAGCUGGCUCAAGAUAUACAAGAUCUUUAACUUAUAUUGAUUUAAGCUAUUCUACAAUAAUAGACGAGGAUCUUGAUAAGCUAAGCAAAUCUAAGUAUCUUCCCUAGCUAUAAGUAAUCAAGUUAAACUGCUGUAAAGAUAUUACAGAAAAAGGAAUAAAUUACUUAUUAAAUACCCAAAACAGCUUAGAAAAUUUGAAGACUAUUGAAGUAAAACAGAGGCUACUCAACAUAUAUUUACUUUACUCGUAAAACUCAGAAAAAAUCCAAAUAAUUGCUGAUUAAAUACUUUUCAAAUAUGAGCUAAAUCAACUUAGAAAUCAUAACAAUCACCAUAAAGUCUUUUAAUUCGCUAAGUACUGGACGAAGAUUUUUAGAGAUAAUAUGUAAAAUAUAAACUCAAUAGAAAUAUUAGGAUUCGAUGAGAAUAUAAUUGACUAUUUCUUGACCCAUAUAACAAGCAGGAAUAGAGUUAAGAAAGUCAUUAUUGAUUUCUCUAAAAAGAAUCAAAAAAUUCAAUCUUAAUCCUAAAUCUAAAAUAUCAACUAAUUUUAAAGAAUUAACCAUAUUUUUAGUAAACUGCCAGAUCUUUAAGAACUUCGUUUAGAUUUCUCUGGGUGGAGUGAUAUGACUGAUUUAUCAAUUAAAGAAUUUUGUGAAAGUAUUGUAGGACUGUAGAACUUAAAAGUUAUAGAUAUAAACCUUUCAGAAUGGGCAAAAGAAAAUGAAUAAAUCACCGAUUUAUCGUGCAUGUUUUUGGGUGAAAUUUUUUAGAAAAUCUAAAAGAUAAACGUAGUAAGUUUAGAUCUCUCUAAUUGGGGAGAUGGCAAUUGCAAGAUUACUGAUAAAUCAAUAGUAUAUUUGUAAAAAGGUAUUCUUUGCACAAAGGACUAUUUAACUUAUCUAUCUUUGAAUUUGAAUUCGUGGGGUUCAUAGAUGACUAACACUUCACUUAUCAAUUUGCAUGAUCUAGUCAGAGAACUCAAUCUCUUGAGUUUUUUAAAGUUAGGUCUUUAGGAAUGGGGUAAAGAUAAUUCCAGUAUUAAUGAUGAUGGAAUAGAAUCAUUAGCGAUUGCGAUUGGUAACUCAAGAUUUCUGAAUUAAUUAGAAAUAAAUUUAGCCUAUGCAGCGACUUUAAAUAGCGGAAUUGGAGAUGUGAGUGUCUAGAAUCUUGCAAAAAGUUUGAUGAAUAUCAAUAGUUUAAGUUCUUUGAAAAUUAACCUAGGUUGGUGGAUGGUCGAAAUGAAUCUUUUCGGUUUCAGUACAGAUGUUAGUGAUGAAUGUAUAAAAGAUUUAGCAAUUGCAAUAGGCAAAUUAAAAUCACUGACAGAACUCGACUUAAACUUUGACAGAUGGGGUUAUAAAAAUAAAUUUAUCAAAGAUGAAAGCAUAAUCAAUUUAGCAGAAAACAUUGAGAACCUAUAUGCUUUGAAUAGUCUUUCUCUUAAUUUUGAUUGGUGGGGAUUAGGUAAUGAGAAAAUAACUGACAAAAGUUUAGUUUAACUAGCAAAUAAAGUUACUAAGCUAAGCAAGCUUACAACCUUAAGGUUAUUUUUAAGUCUCGAUAGAUGGAAAAAGAUUGAAGAAAAACAUAUUGAAUGCUUCAAAGAAAAAAUAAUGACAUUAAAAACUUUCAAUAAAAACAUUACUAUAGAUAUCAAAUGA